GUUUCAAAAGAGGGAAGGGUCACCACUUGGAAUACCUUUUGCAGGAUUCUCACAGCUGGGACUAACCCCACAAACAACUUUUCCUCCAGUUUAUAAGGAGGUAACUCUGUUAAUCUCAAACCAUUCCCAUCCUCAAUCCAAGGAGUCUUCCUGUACUUAAGUGACUAGUCUUUUUCUCCGGUCACAAUUCUUUUGCUGCUCAUUUCCUCCUUGAACGUUUGGAUUGUCAACCAAAAAAUAACCUCCCUGACCUCAUUCGUCCUAUACGCUUCCAGAAACACCAAGAGUUCAAUUAGUCAUUUUAAAGUCACAGAUGGCAUCAUGCAGUUCCAACUCCUCAUGGACAACCAAGCAAAACAAACUGUUCGAAAAGGCCUUGGCUUUAUAUGAUAAGGACACCCAAGACCGCUGGCAAAAGGUUGCCAAUGUCGUUGGAAAAUCUCCAGAAGAAGUAAAAAGGCACUAUGAAAUCCUUGUUGAGGAUGUUAAAAGCAUUGAGCAAGGUCAAGUUCCAUAUCCUUAUAGAUCAACAGGAAACAAUGGCUAAACAUCAAAAAUCUGCAAGUGAAGGCUAUAUGCUCAAAUUGCAGUAAUGGAGUUAUAGUAAUUAAAUUAUCCUACCAUGUGUAAAGACGGCGAAAGCGGAAUUCUGGGUACACCCAUCCAUAAUUAUUCCAAGGAAGUUCUCUUGGGCAAUUUAUCAGUCAAUUUAAGUACAUUUCCAAUUUUCAGUGCAAUUAGCCAAGAAUUAUUAUGUGUAUUCCAUUAUCAGAUGACCUAGUAAUUGUGUUCUUAAUUAUUAUUAUGUGUAUUCCAUCAUCAAAUGAUCUAUUGUAAUUGUUGUUUCGGUUGAAAACAAUGGGACCUUGCCGAAG